GGCGCGUGCCCGAGCGCGCGAGCGGGGGGUCGCGGGGCGGCAGCGGCGAGCGCAGCCCCCGCGCCUCUUCCCUCCGCCGUCCCCGCUCCCUCGGGAAGGACGUGGCUGUUAUGUGAAGACCCUGUGUGUGGACAGUAAUGACCGCACGUUUCCGAUUGCCUGCUGGCAGAACCUACAAUGUACGAGCGUCUGAGCUGGCACGAGACAGGCAGCACACAGAGGUGGUCUGCAACAUUCUUCUCCUGGAUAACACUUUACAAGCUUUCAGAGUUAAUAAACAUGAUCAGGGACAAGUUCUGUUGGAUGUAGUCUUCAAGCAUCUCGAUUUGACAGAGAGAGAUUACUUUGGUUUACAGUUGGCUGAUGAAUCUACUGAUAACCCUCGGUGGUUGGAUCCAAACAAACCUAUCAGGAAACAAUUAAAAAGAGGAUCACCUCACAGUUUAAACUUCAGAGUGAAGUUUUUUGUAAGUGAUCCAAACAAGCUCCAAGAAGAAUAUACAAGGUACCAGUAUUUUUUACAGAUUAAACAGGACAUUCUUACUGGAAGAUUGCCCUGUCCUUAUAAUACUGCUGCUCUUCUGGCUUCCUAUGCUGUUCAAUCCGAGCUGGGAGACUACAACCAUUCAGAAAACUUGCCAGGCUACCUCUCAGACUAUUCUUUCAUCCCUAGCCAGCCUCAAGACUUUGAAAAAGAAAUAGCAAAAUUACAUCAGCAGCACAUAGGGUUGUCUCCUGCAGAAGCAGAGUUCAGUUAUCUCAAUACAGCACGUACCUUAGACCUUUAUGGAGUUGAAUUGCACUAUGCAAGGGAUCAGAGUAACAAUGAAAUAAUGAUUGGCGUCAUGUCAGGUGGAAUACUAAUUUUUAAGAACAGAGUACGAAUUAACACUUUUCAGUGGUUGAAGAUUGUAAAAAUUUCUUUUAAGUGCAAACAAUUUUUUAUUCAACUUAGGAAAGAAUUGCAUGAAUCUAGAGAAACAUUACUGGGGUUCAAUAUGGUGAAUUACCGAGCAUGUAAGAAUUUGUGGAAAGCUUGUGUUGAGCAUCACACAUUCUUCCGUCUGGACAGACCACUUCCCCCUCAGAAGAACUUUUUUGCACAUUAUUUCACUUUGGGUUCCAAGUUCCGGUACUGUGGGAGAACAGAGGUCCAGUCUGUGCAGUAUGGUAAAGAAAGAGCAAACAAAGACAGGAUAUUUGCAAGAUCCCCCAGUAAACCCUUAGCACGGAAAUUAAUGAGUGGGAUGGACUGGGAAGUAGUGAGUAGGAACUCUCUGUCGGAUGACAGGUUGGAAACACAGAGCUUGCCAUCACGGUCUCCACCUGGAACCCCAAAUCAUCGCAACUCUUCCUUUACUCAAGAAGGAGCUCGGUUGCGACCCUCGUCGGUUGGACAUUUAGUGGACCACGUAGUUCACACUUCCCCAAGUGAAGUAUUUGUAAAUCACAGAUCUCCAUCUUCCACCCAGGCUAAUAGCAUCAUCCUGGAAUCCUCACCAUCUCAAGAAACCUCUAUAGAUGGGCAGCCUCCCGCGUUACCACCCAAACAAUUUAAAAAGAACAGUUGGAACCAAAUUCAUCAGUCCCACUCACAGCAAGAACUGGAUAACCAUAUUAAUGAAACAUUUGAUGUUCCUGCAUCACCUGAAAAAUCCACACCCAAUGGUGGUGUCCCCCACGACAAUCUUGUUAUGAUCAGAAUGAAACCGGAUGAAAAUGGAAGGUUUGGCUUCAAUGUAAAGGGUGGAUUUGAUCAGAAGAUGCCAGUUAUAGUGUCCAGGGUAGCUCCAGGAACACCUGCUGAUCUUUGUGUCCCUCGUUUGAAUGAAGGGGACCAGGUUGUGCUGAUUAAUGGCAGGGAUAUCGCAGAACAUACCCAUGAUCAAGUUGUUAUGUUUAUUAAAGCCAGCUGUGAGAGACACUCAGGUGAACUUGUGCUCCUGGUUCGACCCAAUGCUGUCUAUGAUGUUGUGGAAGAGAAGCUGGAGAGUGAGCCUGACUUCCAAUACAUCCCUGAGAAAUCUCCACUUGAUGGUGUUCAUCAAGAUGAUAAUGCUCUGAGGGAAUCCAUGAUUCAGCUAGCAGAGGGGCUUAUCACUGGAACAGUUUUGGCUCAGUUUGAUCAACUGUAUAGGAAAAAGCCUGGAAUGACAAUGUCUUGUGCCAGAUUACCUCAAAACAUUUCCAAAAAUAGAUACAGAGACAUUUCGCCUUAUGAUGCUACACGGGUUAUUUUAAAAAGUAAUGAAGAUUACAUCAAUGCAAAUUAUAUAAAUAUGGAAAUCCCUUCUUCCACAAUAAUAAACCAGUACAUUGCUUGUCAAGGUCCAUUACCGAACACAUGUCCUGAUUUCUGGCAGAUGACUUGGGAACAGGGCUCAUCUAUGGUUGUAAUGUUAACAACUCAAGUUGAACGGGGAAGAGUUAAAUGCCAUCAGUACUGGCCAGAGCCAUCAGGAAGCUCAUCAUAUGGGAAUUUCCAGAUUACCUGCCAUUCAGAAGAAGGAAAUCCUGCUUACGUCUUUCGAGAAAUGACAUUGACUAAUCUGGAGAAAGAGGAAAGCCGCCAACUAACCCAAAUCCAGUAUAUAGCAUGGCCUGAUCAUGGGGUUCCUGAUGAUUCCAGCGAUUUCCUAGAUUUUGUGUGUCUUGUGCGAAAGAAGAGGGCUGGCAGAGAAGAACCUGUUGUUGUUCAUUGCAGUGCUGGGAUUGGACGGACAGGUGUUCUUAUCACUAUGGAGACAGCCAUGUGUCUCAUUGAGUGCAAUCAGCCUGUUUAUCCAUUAGAUAUUGUAAGAACCAUGAGAGAUCAAAGAGCCAUGAUGAUCCAAACACCUAGUCAAUACAGAUUUGUAUGUGAAGCUAUUUUGAAGGUAUAUGAAGAAGGAUUUAUUAAACCUUUACAAACAUCACUGCAUAAGUAAAGAGCAAAAAACCUAGGAUAUCAGUUGAGGAAUCCUGUCCUCUAUAAUGAACUGGCAGCAUUCUUUGUGCCAUGAUACUGCUUGUGGGAAACGAUAGUGAAGUACAGCAAAGAAUUGACAAAGGACUCUGAAAACUUCAGCACUGUUGCACUUUACGUUGAAACAAAAUCAGUCUCUAAAACUCUUCUAACCUUCAUCUGUUUGAAGACUUUAUUUUCGUGCUUUGCUCCGAACAAACCAUAAACUGAAAGAACUAAUUGUGUUCAGGGUAAUCUACGAUAUUUCAUUGUAGUGCCAUAUACUGCGCUUCUGGUUGAAUUGCUACAAACAAGGCUUGGAAUUAUUUCACUCUGUUUUACACCCAUGUCUCUUAAAAUGAAAAACAAAUGAAAAAGUACACUAAGCCAUGGUCUUUUUCCAGUGCUAGGUUUAUUUACUAUGUACAGACUUCCACUGUUUUGUUUUUUACAACAUUAGCAAUAUUGCCAAUACUAGAUAGAUACACACUGCCUACUGAUGCAGCACACUUUGUCCUACACCCUUACUUGAGACCAGCUGGUUGUUAGAGAAAAGCUGGUGUCUGUGUUAACCCAGCAGUAGCUGCAUAAUGCCCAGUUACCAGCAUCUUGUACAAAGUAAUAAUAAAAAUUAAAAAAGAAAAAAAAGGCAUUUUUUUGACACAGCUUAUGUGUCAUACACUGCUGUAUUCUGAUUCAUGUGACUUAAGAUUACGUGAUGGGAACUAGUGCAUGCAUUAUGUCUUAACCCCUUAAGUGCCUUGAGACUUCGAGAGUACAUCCAGUGAAAGGCACUCAUGAUUCUCUGGGGGUGGUAUUGUCCUGUCAUAUUUAUCUUAAUGGGUUCAAAUUUUAAAAACGGCCCUUGGUGCUUGGAAUGUGAUACCACAAGGGGUCAUGGAACUACCAUUCCCUCUUUCAUUCUACAAGUACCUGCCUGCUACUCUCGGUAGCGAAAGCACCUCUGCCAACUUAAUGAAUGAGCAUUGUAUGCUGCUGUGUUGUAAUUAUGUGAAAAAUCUGACACAUUCCUUCAUUCCUUCCAACUAGUAACUUACUAGCAGCUUAUUAAGAAAUGCUGGUAGGUCGUUAGAAACUGAUACUUUGUUUUAUCCUUUCAUUGGAAAUAGCUGUCUUGCUGAAUUAGAACAUAACUCUUUAAUAGCACUGAUAAUUAAGUUGAACUUACAAUCAGGUGUGAUUUAAUUCCAUUAUCUGCUAACCAAUUACUUUUAAAAUCAUCAUAGUUUGAUUUCAAGCCAUGUUCGUACAGGUUUGCCUUUUAUGUUUUUGUGUUUUUUUAAUUGUUUGGGAGGGCUGGGGAGGGAAGUGAGGAGAACACGGUGAAGUUGUCCCAGAACUUUAAUUCCAUAAUGACCCCAGUCACUUUCUGUUAUACUUGUGCAGAAUUGUUCCAGUUGGUAUGGGUUGCUUUUUAUUUAAGUAGGUAGAAAAUUUGUGAGAAAUGUCUGUCUGAUACAGUAUCUGAGCUCAUUCUAAAGAUACAUAAACAUCCCAGUUUUUAAUAUUUUUCCAGUAUAGCAGAAACCAAGUUAGAAGCAAAGUGUCCAGUGUAAUAUACUGCAAGAAAAAAAUCAGUCACUUUUUUGCCCUGUUACAACGUAAUUUUGUGCCCUCUAUUUAAAAGUUUUAAUUUAUUGUAUUGGUUUCCUGAAAAUAUUUAUCCAGUAAAUUUGUUGUACUCUAUAUAGAGCAUAGAGUUAAAAUGGAAAGUUCUACGCUAAAUAAUUUUUAACUGUUGAAGAAUUAUAUAAUAUACUGUGUUCUAUGGACAUUUGAAAGAGAUCAGCUAUGACUAAUAAAUGAAAAGGGAUUCAGGAACAGUGAAACCCUGGCUAAGACUUAGUAAUAAAUAUGAACCACAAUGCCAAAUGAAAGACAGAGUUUUAAAUAUUUUUAGAAAAUAAAAUAAUAUUAGUUGGCCUGUGGCCCUGGUACUUGUAUUUAUAGAUUUGAUGCUUAUCCCUCAGUGAAAAAUAAACUGUACAAUAAUUUCUGGAUCUGAUAAACUGGAAGAAAGUAAUAAGGUAGCUUUAAUCUCAGAUUUAUUUUGAGCCAUUCAUAACAAAUAAAAUUCCUUAGGAAAGUAUAAGCUUUAACUUCCAUGUGACAAGAUUAUUAUCUGAGAUGCUGGCUAGUUGGAAGAUUAUUUUAAACUCAGCACUUAAUGUCUAAAAAUUAAAAUAAUUAAUCCAUUUUAAUUAAGUAACUUCUCUUCAUAGUCAAGCUGUAAAUAAAUAACUUGCCCUUUUUUCUGAGGGAAAUGAGAAAUGGAGUUUAUAGCAACCUUAUAUAGUGUUGGUAUGUCACAUACUUAAAUAUUCUUGUGUAAAGUUGCCAAAGCAGUUUGAGUUCAAAAGACCCAUUUAUACCACAAUUAAGUGUGGGAUAUUUAUUGGUUGUCUGUCACUCCUGUUUUGAUUACAAAGAGAGGCAAGAAUAAUAGGUCUCUUCCAAAUCUUCUGCAUUGACUUAAGCUGACUGAUAGUGUAUUUGUGUAGUUGCACUGAGGUAAAAAAAAGUGGAAUAAAGUAACUAUUCUUGGAUAAUUGGUCAUUGGCAACUCAGUGGCUUUUUGGUUUCUUCAAAGCCAGCCUUGUGGUAACCAAAAAGUGAUUGGGAAAGAGAACAGCACUGAAGCCGUUCUGCACCAGAAAUCAGUUGUUCAGAUGUUUCUACCUGUUGUGGUAUAAAUGGCCUUUAAAAUAUUUUUAUAUGGCCAAAAAAAAAAGUUAAAACUACUAAAUAUUUUACUUUAGGUUAUGAAGAUCUGUAUCAUCCUUAAAGGUUUUUAAAGAAGCUUUUGUAUGUUUCAUGCUGUACAAAACAUGAAUGUAUCUUUCAGACAUAAUUACCUAUAGACCUAUAUGUGAUUGGUGUUAUGACUGUUGGAUUUUAUGAAUAAUUAUUUUCAUACCGUUUGAUUAGGAAAAAUGCUGGGUGGGUGUGGGAAAGAGUAUGUUUGUAACACUUCCAUGGUACAAAUCCAGUUUUAAAAAAAAGGUUUUCAUUGUAAAUAAGAGCGAUAUUACGACUAUUUUGUGCCAAUGUAUAAUGUCAAGACUUCUGUUUUCCUUUUAGGUCUGGAUUGAAAACUACCACUACCAUCUCUUGUUUAAAGUGAAUUUGAAGGGGGGUUUUAGUAGAAAGAUGUGGGGCUUUUGCAGGGGGACUUUUAAGUGUUUGGGGGGCAUUUUUAAUUUCUGUUAAAUAUGAAAUAAGAUACAGGCUUUGUUUGAUAAAUGACCUACAGACUGUCAGCCACUCCACUUUUAGAAAUAGUGUUUUACAUGUACCAUAUAACUGAGAGCUGAAGAGUUAAUAUAUCUUGAACUUAGAAGCAUUUGCUAUUUUAAAUAACUUGGAAGUCUUCAGCAGUAAAAUACUGCUUUUAUGCAUUUUGUUUUUAUAUAGUCUCUCCUAGUUCUGAGAAAGAGCCUGAUAAUUUUUUUUUCUCACUGCAUUUAAUAAUAAGUGGUAUUCCUUCCACAUUUAUCUUGGAAGCUUAUGUCCCAUAUAAAUAAAGCAAUAACACUUCUAGAAUACCUGAUUACAAUCUGGCACACCAUCUCUUAGGGUGGGAAGGCAGUUGGGAAAUUAAGGAACAUGAGGAGUUUGUUAUGGAAUCUGUGCAGCCAGUAACUUUCCAUGGAGACGUUCCAAAAAGCCCAUGGAAUGGUCAAAAUGCAGCAGACCUGCUGCUGGUGCACAGCCCAGGGAGAUGGGAAGUAGGGAAGGUCUGGCACAGAGAUGCUGGAUGCUCCAGGCAUGCUGUGGAGUUGAAUUUUUUGAUACUUUUAUGCUUGUGCAGGUGUGUGGGUGAUGUUUGAUGGCUCGGAGAAUUAGCAUGAGCAUUGAAUACUCUACAGAUCCACCAAUUUUCAAGCAAAAUCACAUUGUCCACUAGGUAUGCAGUAGUUUUUACUGUAGAGCCAUACACAGGGAAUUUUCAAGAACCUCAGCUCUGCAGAUUAAAGUAGGGAUUGGGUUAUGCUCAGAAAUAAAAUUUUGCAUAUUUGGGCUUCCACAAGGUAGGAAUGGUGCUACCUGUCACUUGUAGACUUUCUGUAGGUCUCAUCUCAGGUCCCUGGUGGCUGGGUACAAUUACCCACCUUUUGUCUUGAGACUGGAAAAGCUCUUCCUUGUUGCUUUUGGUGCUAGGAUCCAAUAUAAAGAUCUGGUAAAAACAUACUCAUUGAUUAGAUGUGGAUCUUCCAUGAAAUUACAGGGAUUAUGGUGAUUGGGAAGCUGUUACAAGGGGAAAAUUAUUUGUGUGAGUAGAACUGUUCUGACCACCCUCUGUUAUCCCACUGCAGUUAUAGAUGGAAACUGUAUGUUUGUUUGUCUGUUCAGCAGUCUGCAAAGGAGGGGUCAGUUUGUUGUCGCUGGAUUUUACCUCUGUGCUGGUUACUGUUGUGUAUUUUCAGUUUAUAGGGCUUCUCCAGCUACAAGGUUUUAACAGGUGCGUGAGCUGUAGCCUCUAGCUGUUGGCAUUGGCAUGUUUUGUUCAUUGGGAGUUCAGUGGUAAAAAAUGGAGAUAAAUUAUUUGUUUUAAAGAUGCUGAAUUUUCCAAUUUAAAAAAUAUGGACUUUGAUUUCAUUGAACCAGUAGCCUCAUGUAAAAAGAAAAAAAAAAAAAAAAGCCAGUAAAAUGUCAUCCAAGUCUGCCAUAGCACAAACUAUAGUUUCAUGGACUGGCUGACAGUUUGCUAGUUGUUUUAUUUCAUAUUUAGCAGGCUUACACAUUUUAAAGGGUAAUUAUUUUUUUCCAAGUGUUUUGGUGUUUGAAUAGUAGCACUUUAUCUCAUGCUUACUACUGACUGAACUAUUGGAUAAAAUAAAUUGGGUUUGGAGAGAUGCUAAAUGGGUUUCUGUACAGAGAUAAUUCAUACAUCCUGGUACGAGUGCUUCCUAUUGUUCCAACUGUUUCUGGUUUAUUGUGCAUGUGUUCCUGGGGAACUUUCAGAAAAUAGAUACUGAUAAUUCUAUCAUCUCAAUUUUCCUGUCUUAAGAAGAAUAUAAAGCUUGCAUU